UUUAAAUUGAGUUUUUGAAGGGAUUUGAAUUCGAGAAUAAAGUGAUGCUCAGAAAAGCGGGGUGUGCUUCGCUGGUAAGUGGUAAGUGGUAGUUACAGACAGUGCUCAGCCACAAGGCCGCGAGACCGCACGCUCCUCACAGCUAUCUCCCGCCAACACUCGGCUAGAAAGUCACGCGUGCUUUGAUAUCGUCCGUGAAUCUCUUGCGUGUGUUUUAAUUCAUAACAUAAACUAUAUCAGCAAAAAUAAUUCGUUUUUUGCUGUCGAUGUGACUGCAAAUUGUGUUCGGUUACCAGUUGUGUUGCGAUAGAAGACCCGAAUUCACUGAACCGUGUAAAGAAACAAACGUGAAGUGAAGUGGACAUAGUAUUUAAAAAAAAAAAACAAUACAAUCGCGUUAUAUAAUAUUUGGUGGAUGCGCCAGAGCACUUGGGAUUGAGUGAAAGUUUUUUUACCUUUGCGUGGGAGAGUCCGAGGAAGACAAAGCUGAAAGGAACAAUGGAUCACCUGUUCCGGCAACGUCGGAUUAGUGUGCCGAAGCGAACAAGCGAACUGGUAGCUCUAGUUGCGGUAUCGUGCACAUUGUUCCUGUUCCUUCACACACGAGACCUGAGCACUAAGCUUCGAAGGAUCCAGGGCCGACUGAACGAUGACGUCACUGCUUUCAACCACCUUACUGAUCGUCAUGGACAACAAGAUUUGUCCAGACUGACAGAUGACUCUACAGACGACUCUAAAUAA